AUGAAUAUCAACUAUUUUGUGUUUACUUUGGUGGUUAUAUUUGCUAUAUCAUCAUGGAUAGACAUCAAUGGUUUAUGGGUAGAGUUACCCAUCCUUGUACAGAAUUUACCAGAAAAAUGGAAUCUGCCAUCUUACAUGUCUAUCAUUAUCCAAAUAGCUAAUAUUGGACCUUUGAUAUUUACUAUAUCAAAUUAUAUUUGGCCACAAAAAGUGAGAGAAAUUCCAGUUAUAUAUGUGAUAAUAUUGGUUGGAGCCAUUGCCUGUCUUCUGCUGGCUUUUUUCUGGGACACAGUGAUUGAUAUUGGUGGUGCAGCACACAGUGUGGCUUUGUUGAUUUUACAGUUCUUUUUGGCACUGGUGGACUGUACCACAUCUGUGGCCUUCUAUACCUAUAUGGCAUUACUAAAACCUCAAUAUAUGACAGCAUUAUUUAUAGGAGAAUCUUUAAGUGGACUGUUACCAAGUUUAGUGGCCUUGGGACAAGGUGCUGGACAAAUUUACUGUGUCAACCAAACAACUUGGACCAAUGUAACUUUAAAUUCAGGUGUUAAUGAAACAUUCGAUACCAUUAUCCAAUAUACAUCAAUUCAAAAAUAUCAUCAACCUAAAUUUUCUAUAGAAAUCUUCUUUUUCUUUCUCUUUGGAAUGCUGUUACUGAGUUGUCUGGCCUUUACCUUACUCAAUUUUUUACCUUAUUGUAAAAAAGAGUUUCUCUCUGAAACCGACAAAAAAUCACCAUCAUCAAUAAAACUGUGUACGAUGAAAUAUUUCGUUUUAGCUCUUUUAACUAUAUGGAUCAAUGCAUUAACUAAUGGUGUCCUUCCUUCUGUGCAAUCAUAUUCCUGUUUACCAUAUGGAAAUACAUCAUAUCAUUUGGCUGUGAAACUAAGCAGUAUGGCUGCCCCGAUAGCUUGUUUUGGUUUAUUUUUUGUGCAAAUAAAAAGUAUGGUUAAAUUAUUGAUAUUAACAAUGGUAGGAACAGGAUUUGCUGGCUAUGCCAUGGCAAUGGCAGUGAUGAGUCCAUCACCUUUAUUAAUUAAUGAACCAGCUGGCUCACCAAUAAUCAUUUGUGUUUGGAUUCUUCAGGCAUUUGUAUUGACCUUUACCAAGGUAUCUGUGGCAACACUCUAUAGAAAUGAUGGUCGAAAAGCAUUGUUAUGGUGUGGUGUUUUUACACAACUGGGAUCUGCUAUUGGUGCUUUUGUUAUGUUUAUUCUCAUUAACCAAUUGCACUAUUUUAAAGCUGCCAAUCCAUGUUGA